CUCAUACACUCAUUCACUCAUUCACUCAUUCACUCAUUCGCUCAUUCGCUCAUUCACUCAUUCUCUCAUUCUCACCCUCCAAAGUUUACAUACAUGCAUUCAAUCGCAAUCCCAGACAUCGACCCAUACUUCUCCAUCUAUCCACUCACAACGUCCAUCCCUCUAAUUAAUUUCUUAUCCGAAGGAGCGCGAAUCUGAUACAAGACAUCAUAUCCCCAACUCCAUCCAUUCAUUUUCCAAGCAACAAUUUCAAUCUCAACCUUCGAAUGUCCUUUUAUUUACAUAACUGGUAACAAAAGGAUUUCAUGAUCAGCGAUAUCUCGAUAAUACACUCGACCGAUUUUCGCAAUCAUGCCCAACUUCUUCUCAAGGUUGAAGGGUAAAGAUGGCCCAACGAAAGCAUCCAAGAAGAAGGGAGAGGACGAGGUGAAUGAUCAAGCCCCAGCGAAGCCAACGUGGACAGAUGCAUGGACACGAACCACCGUCGAACCAGAAGAAAUUCAAAAUCUGGUGAGGGGAUGUACGGUGGAAUUAAAAUCAAGAGCUUUGGAUAUGCCAUUCCUUCUACUUCCAUUCCGACCUACGUCAGAUCCCAGUGCGGCAAGAACUUUCAUUAGGAAUUUCUUCGACAAGAGACAAUUGAGUCGUGAAAUGCUGGCACAGGAGUUGAGACUUACGGAACCUAUGGUUCUAUGUAGCGUGCUUAAAUGGUGUUGGAGUCGAUUGGCCGGUGGUGUAGUUUCUUGGGAUGCAUAUGAAUUAUUCAAAGUGGGAGAGAAUGACUCGAGAUAUGCCCGCGACGCUUUCAUAACUUUCAUACCUCUAAGUGUAGAUUCGGAUGCGAGAAGAGAUAUCAUUUUUGAUUUCUUCGAUCUCCUAUCAGCAAUUGCUGCGCAUGGAAAAACGAAUGGUUUAGCUGGGCGCAAAUUAUCGAGAUAUGCGGGAUGGUGGGCUUUCGAACAUAAUGAUACAGGCAAUGGAUUUGAAGGUGGAUAUAAAGGAUGGUCAACUGCGGCUGAUGCUGCAAGUCAUCUAUUCUUCGCCUAUCUACGAUCCCUCUCUCCUGAUUCCGUCUCGGGCACAAACGGCAUAUCCAAAUUGCCCAUGUCCCUACAGAAGUUGGUCCAGGAAACGGAAUAUCCACCAGAAAGACCUUCGUUAUUACAGCAGUCGACGACAAAGGUGGUUAUGAUAGUAAAUUCAGUUUCACCCACGCCAUUUGCAUUAUUAAGAAGAGCAAAUCACUUCCAAUAUCGAGACGAUGACCGCGCUCUACAACAAUUCUCCGAAUUUGAGGAUCCAGUCAGAGCUUUGACUGAUGAAUGCCGUCGUGUUUUGAGAUCAAUUUCUACUACGAAUCAAUCUCAGGUAUCUAAUUCUACAGAAUCCACGGGUUUACGAGAUGCCUCUUGGUCACGAUUCGAGGAUAUUGGAUUUUCUGCAUCUUUUGAUGAUGAAUUGGCGGAUGAUGAAAGUACCUUCUUAGGACCAAAAAAGCCAAGACCUAUACAAGGGCUAAGAACCACUCCGGCAAAUGGUGGAUCUAAGGCUGGUGACAGACCAACUACUCCUUCCUGGGCGGAUUUCCUUUCCUCGGGCUUUGUUGAUGAUGGACCAAGUAGUCCUCCGCCUUUACUAUUGCCACCGGAUAAGAUUCUACCACCUAUCAACACCAGAGCAGGAAGUUCGCAAUCACACCAACCUAGACUCGAGUCAAAUAAGGAUCUACAACCUGGUGAGCUUGCAAGCAUUACUCGAUUUGACUUGGAUGAUUCAUUCUGGUGGGUUUGGAUUAGUAGUUUGGCCGGCGAAGAAACGGUGGACCGAAAGGCUUCAUUUGGACGGUGCGCUUUGAUUGAGACAACCAUUAAAGGUGGUCGCUGGUUGGUAAUGGAGGAAAUGGUCAAAGGCGCAGCACCGGAGCCUGAAGCGGGUGCUUACAUUGCCGAGAAAAAGAGCUUUUGGGGGCGAACCAAGAAAAACAAGAAUAGUGCAAAGCGACGAGGAUCUACAGGCAAAACCGAGAUGGAGAAACCCGGCAACUUGAAACCAGGAUACAGUCAAAGUACUAGCGCAAGUAAGACUACUAUUGGCCUUGAUCAACAUGCUCGAAUUCAAGCAGCAGCAAUUCAAUUACAACAAAGACAAAAAAAGCAGGAGGAAGAGAAAGGACUAGCAGCGCGACGUGGAAGAAACGACUUUGAGGCAGCUUCUCUGAAAACGAACAGUGUGUUGACGCUUCAACCAAUGCUCAAAUCGGAAGCUUCUCCCGCAAUGAAGUGGGCCAAUAAAUACGAUAAAGAUGCUGUUCGAGAAGCCUAUCUGGGCACUAACUUUAUGGGACGAGGUCUUGGAGAAGGUACCGUGCAGCCCAAUGGAAAUUCAUAUGACCGUCAAGCAGCUCUAUCACCAGGUCUUAACAGUAACAGAGAUCUACCCCUUACUCCAACCACUUCAACUGGACGCCAUUCGCCUUUGCCACCUCUACCAGCUGGCGAAGAUCAAGCCAAAGAGCCACGGGCUCCAAUUUCACCAAGUAAUAUUCAUCCACUUGAGAGAAAACCCGUUCCACUAUCUCCUCUGAAUCAAAACAAGCCAAGUAUGGACAUUCCAAGAGCUUCUAUGGAUCAUGCACCUUCGAGUCCGGAAACUCUGGAUACGCAUAACAAAUUGAAGAAGAAUAAUCCAGCUGCCGCUGGUGGUUUUAGAGGUAUGUUUGGUAGAAAGAAGCAAACGAAGCCUGCUCCACCAAAUGCUUCUCAAAUGGCCAUGAAUGGUAAAGAUGGACUUAAACCAGAAGGAAAGAAGCACAGUCUGACUAGACGAUUUUCGAGAAAGAAGAAUUCACUCAAGUCACCUACUAGUGAGAAGGGAGAUGGAUCGAUUUCACCAGCUCCUCCAGUUGCAUCUGAUGAACAUACUCCUGUCACUCCAAUAACUCCAAUGACACCAGCAACUCCUCGCCGUCCUUCAUACGAACAUUCUAUUGCAGAUGAUCUAUCUAGAGUUGAUACUGUUGAUGCUAGGGAAGCUCGUCAAGAGUUCUCUAAAUUCGAUCAAGGUCCUCUCGAAGAUUUCCCAGCAUUUGUCCCAGCAGCCGAAUCUGAUACGCCAAGAGGAAGUGAAGAUUCUGGAUCACCAUCAAACAAUGCACGAAGCCAAUAUGAGGAAACCAAUGAAGAACCUCAAGAAGAGCCUCAAGAAGAGCCGCUCACACAACAAAUCUCUCCUCAAGACAAAUGGGCACAAAUCCGUAAGAAUGUUGCCGAACAAAAAGCUAGAAAUAGAGAACUCGAAGAACAAUCUAGAAUUGGACAUCGUCCAUCUACUGAUAAUGAUGAUGAAACUUCAGGUGAAGAGACUAUUGAAUCUCGUGUUGCACGCAUCAAAGCUCGCGUAGCUGAACUUACGGGUAAUAUGGAGAACAACAACUCGUCUGCGCCUCCACCUAUUCGAAGAAAAGCUCUAUAGGUUCUUUUACGACCAUGUCGAUACCGAUUCCGAUACCGAAAUCUACUCCCGUCAUAACUCACCUACGAUGAAACUUUUACUCGUAGAUUGACGCCUCGCACUCUCAAUUGUCCUGGCCUCUAUCUAGAUAUGCUAAGAGGAUUCUUACACAUUCAUAUUCUAUUGUCCGAUAAUUUACACACCCACACACACAGACGCGACUAAAGUUUAUUUCUCAAUAUUCCAUUCAGAUCAGAUCUUGAUUAUUGCAGCGCAUAUAAUUUGGUCCGAUCGAUUUUGUUCGAUAUCUCGGACCUUUCAUUUUUGUUGUUCAUUCGCGGAUUCUUUCUUUUACACUUUUUUUUUUUUUGAGAUACCAUUCAUGAUUUCUGUUCUGCAUUUGCGCAUUUUUGCGAGUUGUUGUUAAGUGAGGGGAUAGGAUUAGGGGGAGGUUAUAAAGGGUGGGAGAUAGAAGCAAGGCGGAUAAGGGAAGGGGAAAGAUUGCUUAUGAUCUGGAUCUGGAUCUAGAUCUGCAAGGUGUGUGUGGGAGGAUUGCCAGGAGUGGAUAUGAUGUGAUUAUAUUUUGAUUGUCGGGUUUUGAGGAAGUGAAUAAUGGGAAGAUGGAUAGAGGAUAGUUUGUGGGAUGGGAUGUUGAAAUAAGAGAAGAGUGAAGAGGAAAUGGGAGGGGAUGAUGUUUAGAUACCAGUAAUUGAGAUUGAGAUUUGAGAUGGGGUUAAAUAUUGCAGAUAGCAUUUGAGAGUGUUUGAGUAGGAGACGAGAAUGAGAAUGAAAAUGAAGAUUGAGAAUAUAGAUUUGAUUGAGUUG